AGUGUGCUCUUCAGUCUUGCUGUAAAACACGCUACAUCCAGCCCCCGUUUCGACUCAGAGAGAUGCCUCCCAACAAACGGAUACAGAAGAAAACACUGAAAUUGGACUGUGAAUGGGGUUCGUGUCAGGAGUCGUUCAGUCGGAUGGAAAACUUCUGCAAGCAUGCGGAGGGUCACCUCAGUGCUUUGAACAUGGCGGAAGAGGAGGAAGAAGAAGCAGAAGGGGAGAGAAACUGUCUCUGGAGAGACUGUGGUUUCUGCUCUGUGGAGGGCCCUGAAGAGUUGCGACGACAUCUGUUCUUUCACUGUUACCACACAAAGCUGAAGCAGUUGGGUCAGCAGGUGCUCAAUGCCCAGCCAGAAAUUGGCGGCUGCUCCAUCGGCUACCACAACCGCAACAUCAUCCCUGAAAUCCCAGACAAUUUUAUCUGCCUUUGGGAGGAAUGUGAGCAACCACCAUAUGAAAACCCUGAGUGGUUCUACCGCCAUGUGGAGAUGCAUAGCCUGUGUAUAGAUAUACCAGCAGGAGACUGUGAAUUCCCAAUACGCUGUGGAUGGAAAGACUGUGAAGCCACUGCUAAGGGGCGUCCUAAGCUGCGGGAGCAUCUGCGCAGCCACACCCAGGAGAAGGUAGUGGCAUGUCCAGGCUGUGGGGGAAUGUACGCCAGCAACACCAAGUUGUUUGAUCACAUCAUACGACAAAGCGCCAUGGAAGGUCAGAGGUUCCAGUGUUCUCACUGUUCCAAACGUUUUGCAACAGAAAGACUGCUGAGAGACCACAUGAGGACCCACGUGAGCCACUACAAAUGCCCGCUGUGUGAUAUGACUUGUCCAUCACCCUCUUCUCUGCGCAACCAUAUCAAGUUCCGUCACAGUAACGAGAAGCCGUACAGCUGUGAAUACUGCGAAUACAGCUGCAAGAAUCUGAUCGAUUUGCGCAAACACCUGGACACACACAGCAGCGAGCCGGCAUUCCACUGCGACGUACCCGGCUGUGGUUUCACCUCUCGUACCCUCGGCACCAUGAAGAUUCACCACAAAAGAGAGCACGAGGGGAGUUUUGUAGCUCGCUACAAGUGCCACGUGUGUGGUCAGUGUUUCACCAGGGGCAACAACCUAACAGUACAUCUGCACAAAAAGCACCAAUUCAAAUGGCCCUCCGGACACCCCAGGUUCAGGUAUAAGGAGCACGAAGACGGCUUCUUGCGACUGCAGCUGAUUCGCUAUGAGAGUGUGGAGCUGACCGAGCAGCUGAUGAGGGAAAGACAGAACAGGCAAGCGGAGGAGGACGAGGACAGUGGCCAGACUGAGGGGCAGGACCUGGAGGAAGAGUCUGCAGGUCCAGCUCCUUCUGAGUUGCAGGUAGAACUGAGAGGGGUGCUGCUGGAGGAGCAGAGUACCGAGGAGCUGACCGUCAGCACUGAGGAGAGCAGUCAGGAGGAGGGCAUGUUGUAUGUUCUCACUGGAGGUUUGUCACAAGCAGGAGAGGACUCUGCGAUGCUCCAUCUCCAGGAUACUGCUCAGCAGCAAGGAAUGCAGAUGGUUUGACCACAGCAGUCCUGCAAACAUGCUCUAUACAUGAGAGUGUGUAAAAAUCUUGUGCUAUUUCUGACCCUUUGAAGGAGGCUGGUACAGAGUUCUAGCUUAGAUUUUAAGAAGAAAGUGUGGCACUUGAUAGUAAAUGAAAAUGUGUAAAUGAAGGGACACACGCCGUGAUCUUGACUAAAAACCUAUAUUAGGUAAUAAACCUUUUUUUUAUGUGUUUUGUUUGUUAAUGUUGAGCUUGUGGACAACCUGUUUGCCAGUACUUUUAAAAAUGAUUUUUAAACCAUUCAUUGUAGUGCAACAUCAUCAGAUAAUUGGAUACUAAUGCUGCACUGCCCAGUGGCUGGUCAUACUCGUUUAAAUGAGACAGCGGUCCCAAAUUCAGAAAAUAGCAUAUGAUAUGAGUCACAGGAAUGCAGUGUUAGCAUAAACCUUCACCAUGAGGUGUGGUAUCCAGCAGAGAGGGCUCAGCUCAUUAGCUUGGAAAGUGUGUAUUUUUUGACACUGAAUCUUCAACUUGAAUAAA